GGCAUAAAGCAUGAUAUCUGAAAACGAGGCAAGCUCCAUCCUUGCUGAUGGGAGGCCGUCUAAACAUAGCCGCACUCUCAAAUACCGGUACUCAUCACAGUACAAGGCUACAACUACGACCACUAAAUGAACCCCUCUCACUAUCCCACCACCCAACAACAAAUGUACGAACCCCAACCCCCAAUGUCCGCCGCCCCCACCGCCAUUCUGGGCCCCGCGCGGGAGGGGGGAGAAGACGUGGCGAGACCCACCCCCCCACCCGGGAACGUGGACUCCGGGCCGACCUCAUCGUCGGAUUGUCUGCACUUCCUGAACACCUGCCUCACCGGCGCCGUUGCGAUGGGGGAGGGCGUGUUCGCGUGCUGUGGAUGCUACUAGUACUGUUCACCGUGUAAUUGAUUUGCGAUUGUGAUGGGGGGGGGGUUGCUGUCAGCGUCUACUCCCGGACGGGCACUACUUAACGGAAUUGACCGGCGUUUAGAGUUUGGCGGGUGUCUAAGGAUCGACGUUAUACCUAGAGAGUACCUACGCCUUGCUGUGCUCUGUAUAGUUAUGAUAUGCGGCGCUAGUCAAUGCGAGCUCAACGCGAUAUAG